CUGAGGUAUGUGGAGUGUUACAUGAUGAGCCUACAAAGCUUCACCUAUAAGAAGCUGGAGGAAGCUACCAAUCAAUUUGAAGAAGAACUUGGAGAGGGAGCUUGUUCGACAGUUUACAAAGGAAUUUUAGAUACUGGAAAUAAGAAGUUGAUUGCCAUUAAAAGAUUGGGCAAGAUGGAGAAAGACUGCACCGAGAAGGAAUUUCAAGCAGAAAUGAGUGCAAUUGGGAACACAGACCACAAGAAUCUUGUGCGGUUGCUAGGAUUCUGCAAUGAGGGACAACAUCGGCUUUUGGUGUAUGAAUACAUGAGCAAUGGAUCUUUAGCAUCUUAUCUUUUAAGGAAUCCAAGGCCUAGCUGGUACAGAAGAACUGAAAUUGCUUUUGGAACUGCAAGAGGGCUUGCUUAUUUGCAUGAAGAGUGCAGCAACCUGAUCAUACAUUGUGACAUCAAGCCUCAAAAUAUCCUACUGGAUGAUUCCUUGACAGCAAGAAUUUCGGACUUUGGAUUAGCAAAACUUUUGGAUAAAGAUCAGACACGAACUCUUACAGAAGUUAGGGGAACAAGAGGAUAUGUUGCACCUGAAUGGUUGAUUGGAAAGAAGCCUAUAACGGUCAAGGUUGACGUUUACAGCUUUGGAAUUCUGCUGCUAGAGCUCAUUUGUUGUAGGAGGAAAGUUGAGCAAGAUUUAGAGGAUGAAAAACAAAAGGUAUUAGCUGAUUGGGCAUAUUAUUGCUAUGAAGAAGGGAAACUGCAUCUUCUAGUUCAGGAGGAUGAAGGGGCAAUGGAGGAUAUUAAUAGGGUAGAGAAGAUUUUGUAUUCUUCUUGGAUUGGGAUAAUCCUUGAAGGGGUUGAGUAAGUUGAGAUUCACUUGUGGGGGUUUAAUCUUGCACCUGCAAGCAAGAGUUUGUUCUGGUUAAUCUUGCAUCUGUAAGCAAGAGAUUUCUAGUGGAUUGAACUCUCGAGUAAGGAGGUUUGGGGAGUGGAUGUACUUCGGAUUAGAAUAACCACUAUAAAUCACGGCUUGAUAU